ACGUUAUAUCACAGAGUAGGUAUUUCAACAAACAUUAGUCUAUCGUUAUAAUGUUGGCUUAAAUCUAAAAAAUAUAUUUCAAACAUUUAUAUGCCGAAUUCAAUUAUCAAUUCAACUCAUGUAAUAAUUUAGAAUUAUUCAAAUAAUUCAAUUUCAAAGAGCUGAAGCGCUGAUUUUUUAAGUUUUCCUAUACUUUUUUUGUUUAAACUAAGAAUAAUGGCUGAAAAUACUGGUGAUCUAGACGAUACAUCAAGUAUUGAGUGUUUUCAGAACUACACUGCUCCUGAAGUAUUUAUUCAAGGAAUUGCUGGUAUUGUUAAUCAAGAGGACGUAGAAUCAAUGAUAAUUGCUCAAAAAGAAAUGUUGCAGCGUUUUGAAAAAACUAAUGAAAUGCUUACUAAUUGCAACUCUUUAUCAAUGAGUCAUUUAAAAACCACUAGUGCAGAAUUGAAAAAGCAUACACAGAUGCUUAAUGAUCUUCGUAAAGAUCUAGAUGGUACAUUUAAACGUAUAUCUAAUAUUAAAUCAAAAUUAAAAUUGCAAUAUCCUGAUAUUCAAAAAAGCAUUCAAGAAGAAAAAGCUAAAGAAGAAGAAGAUGAAAGAGCAGCACAAAAACCUGACAGUUCUUCUAGUGGCAGUGCAUGUACUGUUUCUCCUUACAACUCUGAUACAAAUUAAUGCUUUCUUCUGACUUGUAAAUAAUAGUUUUAAAAUUUUGAUCUCAAUAUAUUUAUAUUGUCUUUUAUACAAGUUGUUAAAAAUAAUUUUAUUUCUAAAAUUCUUUACAAUACUUGAAUUUUUUUAAUAGUAGCUAUUAAAUUUAUAUACAAAGUAUUAAUUUAAUCAAAUCUAACAUACAUGUUUAAUUUAACUACUAUUUAAUAGUUAUUGAGGAGAUAUAUUU